GAAUUUGCUCGAUUAGCAAACAUUUUCCCGCGCAUUUUCGCACGCGUCGUCACAACAAGAUCGCCAGUAUAAAACAAAACAUAUCGCAGAUAAACGCUAAGCACAACAGACACACGUUAUGGACAAUCCCAGUUCACCGCCGCCAAAUACGCCCAGCGAUGCCGCCGAACGUCGCGAGCUGCGGGCAGCGAUGACGUCGCCGGUGGGCGACUUUGAGCCAUUCGAGAACGAGGACGAGAUCCUGGGAGAUCAGACCGUUCGCGAUGAGGCCGAGGAGGAGGAUGGCGAGGAGCUCUUCGGGGACAACAUGGAGAACGAUUACCGGCCCAUGCCUGAGCUGGAUCACUAUGAUCCGGCGAUGCUGGAUGACGAGGAUGACUUCUCUGAGAUGUCUCAGGCAGAUCGCUUUGCCGCCGAGUCAGAGAUGCGUCGACGCGACCGCGCCGCCGGAAUCCAUCGCGACGAUCGCGAUCUGGGUUUCGGUCAGUCCGAUGAUGAGGACGACGUGGGACCCCGGGCCAAGAGACGAGCUGGUGAGAAGGCAGCUGUUGGUGAGGUAGAAGACACCGAGAUGGUGGAGUCUAUCGAAAACCUGGAGUAUACCAAGGGACACUCUACCAAAGAGUGGGUCAGUAUGCUGGGACCACGCACAGAAAUCGCCAAUCGCUUUCAAUCCUUCCUGAGAACAUUUGUGGAUGAAAGGGGCGCAUACACCUAUCGUGAUCGGAUACGGCGGAUGUGCGAGCAGAACAUGUCUUCGUUCGUCGUCUCCUACACGGAUCUGGCCAACAAGGAACACGUACUGGCCUACUUCCUGCCCGAGGCUCCCUUUCAAAUGCUCGAGAUUUUCGAUAAAGUGGCCAAGGACAUGGUGCUCUCCAUUUUUCCCACCUACGAACGGGUCACCACCGAGAUUCACGUGCGCAUUUCGGAGCUACCGCUGAUCGAGGAGCUGCGCACAUUCAGAAAACUGCAUCUUAACCAAUUGGUCCGCACUUUGGGCGUGGUAACUGCCACUACAGGAGUUCUUCCCCAGCUAUCCGUGAUCAAGUACGACUGCGUUAAGUGCGGCUAUGUGCUCGGACCCUUUGUUCAGUCGCAAAAUACAGAAAUAAAGCCCGGUUCCUGUCCAGAGUGCCAGAGCACUGGACCCUUCUCAAUCAACAUGGAGCAGACGUUGUAUCGAAAUUAUCAGAAGAUCACGUUGCAGGAGUCGCCAGGUAGGAUUCCAGCUGGACGCAUUCCUCGCAGCAAGGAUGUUAUUUUGCUCGCUGAUUUGUGCGAUCAAUGCAAGCCUGGAGAUGAACUUGAGGUCACAGGUAUAUAUACCAACAACUAUGAUGGUUCUUUGAACACAGACCAAGGGUUCCCAGUUUUUGCCACCGUGAUUAUUGCCAAUCAUGUGGUUGUGAAGGACUCCAAGCAGGUUGUGCAGUCGCUUACGGACGAGGACAUAGCCACCAUUCAGAAGCUGAGCAAGGAUCCGCGUAUAGUAGAGCGUGUAGUAGCAUCCAUGGCGCCUUCUAUAUACGGACAUGAUUAUAUCAAGAGGGCGCUGGCGUUAGCUCUCUUCGGUGGAGAGUCCAAGAAUCCCGGGGAGAAACACAAGGUCAGAGGUGAUAUAAACCUACUCAUCUGUGGAGAUCCCGGAACGGCAAAGUCGCAGUUCCUCAAGUACACUGAAAAGGUUGCGCCACGUGCAGUUUUCACUACGGGGCAGGGAGCCAGUGCCGUUGGUCUUACGGCUUAUGUGCGACGAAAUCCAGUAUCCCGGGAGUGGACAUUGGAGGCGGGUGCUCUGGUGCUGGCUGAUCAGGGAGUCUGUCUUAUCGACGAGUUCGACAAAAUGAACGACCAAGAUCGUACGUCUAUUCACGAGGCCAUGGAGCAGCAAUCGAUUUCCAUUUCCAAGGCUGGUAUUGUCACCUCUCUUCAAGCUCGUUGCACCGUGAUUGCUGCUGCCAAUCCCAUUGGCGGUCGCUAUGAUCCAUCGAUGACCUUCUCGGAGAACGUGAAUCUCUCGGAGCCCAUCCUGUCUCGUUUCGAUGUCCUGUGCGUGGUGAAGGACGAGUUUGACCCCAUGCAAGAUCAGCAGCUCGCCAAAUUCGUGGUACACUCGCAUAUGAAGCACCACCCGAGUGAGGAGGAGCAGCCGGAGUUGGAGGAACCACAGCUGAAGACCGUUGAUGAGAUCCCGCAGGACUUGUUGCGACAAUACAUUGUAUACGCUAAGGAGAACAUACGGCCCAAGUUAACGAACAUCGACGAGGACAAGAUCGCCAAGAUGUACGCCCAGCUGCGCCAGGAGUCUUUUGCAACGGGCUCACUGCCCAUUACGGUGCGUCAUAUUGAGAGUGUCAUCCGAAUGUCUGAAGCGCACGCUCGCAUGCAUCUGCGCGAAAACGUGAUGGAGGCAGAUGUCAGCAUGGCUAUCCGCAUGAUGUUGGAGAGCUUUAUCGAGGCGCAGAAGUUCAGCGUUAUGAAGAAGAUGCGCAGCACAUUCCAGAAGUACCUGUCCUUCCAAAAGGACCAUUCCGAGCUGCUGUUCUUUAUUCUGCGACAGCUGACGCUCGACCAGCUCGCCUACAUCCGCUGCAAGGACGGGCCCGGCGCCACGCACGUGGAGAUUAUGGAGCGCGAUUUAAUCGAACGGGCUAAGCAGCUAGACAUUGUUAACCUCAAACCCUUCUACGAAUCGGAUCUGUUCCGCACAAAUGGAUUCUCUUACGAUCCCAAGCGCCGCAUCAUCCUACAAAUUGUGGUCGACGGCAACACAGCUUAAGUUUCAGCCGUUUACUUCAUCUCAUUUAGCUAUAGUAUUCACGUCUAUGUUUUGUUACCCCCAUGUUUGGUCUAAUAAAGUUUGAUAUACUUACGUACGUAUUUAUACUUAAA